AUGGCUAGCUCCGCAGCAGGUCGAGAUGUCCCCAACGCUCCGGCGCGAGGCGAGCCGGAGCCGUUGGAGCCGACCCAUCCCGAGCCGGCCUGUCGCGAGGCACAGAAAUGGAUAGAGGCAGUAACAGGGAAGAGCUUUGGAGACAAGGACUUCCGCAGAGCACUGGAGAACGGCAUCCUGUUAUGCGAGCUGCUGAGUGCAAUCAAACCAGGGCUGGUCAAGAAGAUCAACAGACUGCCCACCCCCAUUGCUGGGCUGGACAACCUGUCAGUCUUCCUGCGGGGCUGUGAGGAGUUGGGCCUGAAGGGCUCCCAGCUGUUUGACCCUGGGGACUUGCAGGACACUUCUAUACGAGCUAACCUCAAGGACUCCGACUGCAACCGCAAACUAAAAAAUGUGCUGAACACAGUGUUCUGGCUGGGGAAGGCUGCCAGUGGCUGCGCCUCCUACAGCGGUCCUACUCUCAACCUCAAAGAGUUUGAAGGGCUUCUUGCUCAAAUGAAGAUGGAGAGUGAGGAAGUAGGCGACAGUCCACAGAAGCGCAGUGUUAGAGACAGCGGCUACGACUGCUGGGACUCUGAGAGGAGUGAGUCUCUUUCUCCACCACGACACACUCGCGAUAACUCCCUUGACAGUCUGGACUCUUUUGGCUCCCGCUCACAGCACAGUCCUUCUCCUGAUGUGGUGAAUCGAGGAAACAUUGACGGGCGAGGCAGCGACUCCGAGGCCGAUGCCUCCAGCAGGAAGCCAGAUGUGCGAAAGGAUGACAUGUUGGCCAGGCGGACUGCCAGCAGUGAAUCAAGAAGCUCCAUCCCCUUCAACCAGUUUCUUCCUAAUCGAACCAAUGCCAGCUCCUACAUCCCCACUACGCGACGAAAACCACAUGCAGAGGAGGGAGAGCAGCGGAGGAUGAGCCAGCGAGUUUCUUUUAUGUCUGAGGACACAGAGAGUGUUAGUAUGAGUGACAUGCUUAAUGAGGAAGAGAUGGGACAUUUACCCCCACUGAGCCAAUCACGAUAUGAGCGCAUGCAAGAGCAGUACAACAGCCUUCGGGAAGAGGAGGACCACUGGCAAGAUGACUUGGCUCGCUGGAAGAAUCGCCGUCGCAGUGCGUCACAGGAGCUGAUCAAGAAAGAGGAAGAGAGGAAGAGGAUGGAGAAGAGGAUGAAGGAGGAGGGAGUUGAUGGCAGCAAGAGGAAAAGCAUUAAGACCUACAAAGAGAUCCUGGAGGAGAAGGAGCGCAGAGAGGCAGAGUUGUGUGAGGCCUACAGGAAUGCAGCGACUCCAGAAGAGGCAGCCAUGGUUUUGCAGCGUUACGCUCUCCGCUUCACCAUCAGCGACGCAACAUUGGACAGCCUAAAACUGCCCAGAUCCACCUCGAAACCCAAAGUGCACCUAAGUCAGGUGGACAAAGAGCACAAGCCCUCAUCACCUAAUAAUGACUCUGAAACAUCAGAACCUCUGCGAAAACCAGAACCAGCUGUCGUAACAGAACCAAGGCACACAAAACCUGAAGAAAUGGAGUCAGAAGCAACUGUUCAACACGAGACAUCAGUUUCUGUCUCCACCAGCUCCCCAACACCUAACAGUCCCCUCGCCACAGACAUAAACUUACAAAAUAUACCACCUCAGUCAUUAGAACUUAAUGAACCUCAAUCCAAACCGACAGAGUCUCCAACCAUACAGCAGAAACAUCCGACUACAGGAGAUGAACAGCCUCAGACCGAGCACACACCGCCUCAGAUCGCACAAGUGCAGCCUCACACCACACAGCCGGUACACACACUCCCCUCCCCACCAUCUGUGCCCUCCAGACCUGUCCCCCUCCUGGCAGCCAAACCCUACUGCCAGCCCGGAAACAUGCCGUCUGGACAUAAACCUGUCAAGAUGGACGGGUUGGUCCGCGUGAAUGGCGAGGCAACGGAGGAUUUAUCUGUGUCCACCCGACCUGCCUCCCCUCAGCACUCGCUACAGGAGAUUAAAGACGAUGCCUCCAACCAGACAGAGAAAGAUGUUCCCCCUGAGGAGACUGUGAAAAGUCGGGAGACAGCAGAGCAGCUGCCACCUCCGGAGACAGAGAAGUCAACCACCUCUACAGGCUCUGCCAUCAGCUCUUUGGUUGGAGGCCGAAACCGUAUCAUCACAACAACUAUUGUUACAGAGCUCACGCAGACUCUCGUGGAGCCUCAUCACCUGGAUAUCCAAAUCAAUGGACAGGUCAAUGGAACCACAGGAGUGAGUGGGAUACCAGCACAGGAAGAAAAGGCUCAGUCAGCUACAUCAACCAACAGCAUGCAAGAAUAUUCUCCCACUGUCACAGAAGGACUUGAGGAGAGCAGUAUGACUGAGCAAUACCAGAGAGAACAGGAGAAGCUGAAGAAGGAGUGGGAAAAAGCACAGCUAGAGGUGGAGGAGGAGGAGCGAAAACACAAUGAGGAGGAAAGACGGAUUCUGGAGGAGACUGUAACACCCCUCAAUCCCACUGGCAUGUUGAACAAGCGGUUUGGCCAGACAGAGAGGACUUCAUCAGCUUCAGAUAACAACGAGAUGGAGAAGAGAAGUGUUCUCCUGCAGCAAAACGGCCAAAGAAUCUCCGCAGGGAACGAGGAUCAGCAUAGAUCGAAGCUGCUUUUUUUCCAGGAUUCUGCAUGUGAUGGUGAACCUCCAAAGAAACAGGAACUGUGGAAGACGGCGUCUUUAGACCGCAACCCACAGCUAAACCAGUCCCAUGGUGUUAAAAGGUCUGGAUCACAUGAUGUUGUAACAGGCAAACAGCAGUCCUCCUCCUCAUCACCACAGCCUCCCUCACCCAGCAGGUGUGUUAGUGGGAAGAGACUAUGUUCUGGUUGUUCUCAACCUCUGGGAAAAGGAGCUGCCAUGAUCAUCGAUACACUGGGACUGUUUUUCCACAUACAGUGUUUCAAGUGUGGAGUAUGUGAUGGGCAGCUGGGUGAUGCCACUGCCGGGACUGACGUAAGGAUUCGUAAUGGGCUGCUCAGCUGUCAUGAGUGCUAUAUUGCAUCUCGGGGCAGAGGACAGCCCACCACACUAUGAUGACCUGCAUUAGAACUGGAACCCCACCAUCACCGUCGUAGUCUGCGAUUGGGCGGAGAACGAUUCUAGAACCUUGAAUCACAUUCUGGAACACUCUCGGAAUCUCUUCGGAACUUUGGAAUCAUCAUCAUUUUUCUUUCCUGAAAUGCACAAGCAGCUUUAUGGAUGUUUCUGAGAGCAGAACACGUGGAACAAAAGACACAACAUCACAUGCACAUACAGUAUAGUAUGUGCGUCUUAACUGUCCACAUGUAUACACUUCCUUUUACUAUGUGUAGCAUGGACAUAAUUAAGAAAACCAGUAUGUUUAGGCCUAAGGACAUCCAUACGUAGCACCGUCAAGACACAAAAAUAAGGAUCUGUUCUGUAACAAGCUAAACAUCUUACGCUACGAGCUAAACGCUACUGUCUUUAACACAACGCAGUCUCAAAAUGUUGAUUCAUUAACCCCUGCUUCUGCACUGAUCGCGUGACUCCACUCCGAGUGUGUCGUAAACUGGUUUGGGUUGGAUAACUUGAAGUAGCUUGACCAUUAUAAUGCCUUACCCAUCAUACUUUGUCAUUCAUUUUGGGUUUUGUGUUUACACUUCUGCAUGAAACAAGAACAUAUAUAAGUUAUUGUGAGUAUUGCUCAGAUGGAUAGUGUGAGUUUGACAUAGGUUGUUAUCUUGUCAACAGUUGAACUUUAGCUUUCCUCUUGUAUGUUGUACAUCACAACAAUAUUUUAGAAUUUUUGGGAAUCUUUCUAACUUACACAAGCUUUUCUUUCUUAAUUCAUUUUACGGGAAUGAGAAUGCAUUGAAUGAAGUAAUAGUAUUUGUUCCUUUGAUUUUAAAUAUUUUCUCUUUAAGACGUUUUAGCCAUUGUUUAUUCUCAUAGACUGACUGCAUCUCAAUCAGUGCCUUAUGUAAUGAAUGCGAGGGCUAGUGUACUUUAUGUGCAGGAGUAUUUCUCACUCACAAAGACCUCUGGGUCUUGGCACAUUGUGUGCGUUUGUGUGCAUGUGUGUAUGAAAUAAUGCAUAGGUAGGUAUGUGGGUAUGUAUACAAUGUGUGAUUUGACUUGAAGCACAGUUCCGUACCAGCAAAAAAAAAAAAAAGAGAAAGUCAAAUGGAUCAGCCACUCCUAACCACCUUCUGUUCUCUUCCAUCCUUUCCCAUGAGCUAAACCAAUGACACAGUUAUUUGUGGAUUCCCUGUUAAUUACACCCUGAUAAUAUAUCAGUUCACAAUGUCCUAAAAUCUCUCCUCAUCUGCCUCUAUCACAAGUGUUGCCUCCCCAGAGUCUGAGCUGAACUGCUCUCUGUGUGGUUGCCUCUAUCUGGACACCUGACAGCGUCUUCAUCACUCAGAGGAAUAGAGCGCCUAGUUCAUUGUCUUUUAUAGCAAGUGUAUGUUUAUCAAUA